AAUGAAUAAAGUUAAAAAAGUGAGGGUAUAAUAGUUUUUACAUAGUAUCCAAAAAUAGAAACAAAAACAACUAUCUCCGGAAAACAAAAACUAUAUUAUGAGAUGGAAGGAAUACAAUUGUUUUUUUUAUUUUUUAAAAUCCAAUUUACUAGUAAAACAAUUUGCUUUUUUUUUUUUUUUGAAUAGAACAAUUUGCUUUCUUUAGCUGCCUUUAUUUACCAAAAAUGGGAAAGAGAAAUAAAGAAUAGUCAUUUACUCAUUUCGCAUCAAGAAAUGUCAAUCAAUUUUUAUUUCUUAACGAUGAACAUUUGACUCUGGGGUCAUAAACGCUAAAUUACAUGAUUUUUUUCUAAAUUUUCUUCAAAUUAAAAUCUUUUUCUAUGAUUUUCUGAAGGAGGAAUUAUCCUACAAAAUCAUGGAGGAUGAAAAUACUUUAAUUGCAGAGAAUUCGACCUUGAAUGACCAUUUUAAUGGCGAAUUAUCCGAAUUAAGCUCCAGAGUAUUCCUGGAUCGUGUUGGCGAAGUCAAUUUCUCUCUUAAUUCAACUGGAUUAUCUUGGAAACCUGCAGAUUCUCAGAUUGAUGAUAAGUCAUCAUGUAUUGGCCGUAAAUAUCACAUUGAAAGUGCUGCAGAAAUAAAGUUUUCUGAUGUAUAUGCUGCCGAGUCGGCUGAUUGGGGAUCAAUUUGUCAAUCAACUAGAUGCUGCUUUAUGCAUCAGGAUUCAGAGAUGUACCUUUUUGUGGUACAUGCUAUGCAGAGAUCAAAGGCCAAGGCAUCUCUCUGGCACUUGGCAGAGUACACUUUUGGUCACAGCGAUCAGCUUGUAUGUAAAUUGAUAGUGAACAAAAUAAAGUCGUAUCUUGCAAAGCAAAUUGGAAGACCAAAGAGCCUGUUGGUCUUUGUCAAUCCUAAAAGUGGCAAGGGGAACAGUCAAAAUGUUUGGGGAGUUGUGGCUCCAAUAUUUUCUCGUGCUAAAGUGAGAACUCAGGUUACAGUUACAGAGAGGGCAGGACAUGCUUUCGAUCUAGUGUCGUCUAUGACAAACCGUGAACUGAUUUCAUUUGAUGGUAUUGUGGCUGUUGGUGGUGAUGGCUUAUUCAAUGAAAUCCUAAAUGGGCUUCUCAGUUCCAGGUUCAAGACCAAAUAUCCCCCCGUUCCUCCAGAUUUUAUGGCUUCUCCAGGGGAAGAAUCAAGUGCCUCAGUCCCUUAUCCAAGUGAAAUCAAUGCAGGUACUUUUAACCCCAAUGAAGACCAGUCCCCUCUGCUUCCAACUUCAAGACAUUAUGAAUCUCAAUUUCCAAGUUCCAGAAUUGAAGAUGGUGUAUGCAGCACAGCUGAUGAAGAUGUUGAAUUUUCUUUUCCUCAUGAACGAUUCAGAUUUGGACUCAUUCCAGCAGGCUCGACUGAUGCUAUUGUGAUUUGUACAACAGGAGUGAGAGAUCCCAUAACAUCAGCUUUACACAUUGUCCUUGGGAAAAGAAUUGGUCUUGAUAUAGCUCAAGUUGUUAAGUGGAAAACAACUAUGAACUCAGACAUUGAACCCUCUGUACAUUACACAGCCUCUUUUGUCGGUUAUGGAUUCUAUGGAGAUGUCAUUACAGAGAGUGAGAAAUAUCGCUGGAUGGGUCCAAAACGUUAUGACUUUGCAGGGACAAAAGUUUUUCUCAGACACAGUUCAUAUGAGGUUGAAUUAUCAUACUUGGAUGUCAAGUCUAAGAAUACCGAUCCAGAUUCCAAAGAUGAUGAUUUGAUUGGGGGCGUGGAGUCAAGCCAGGGCCUUAAGAGAAAAUGUGAGCGAAUAAUUUGCAGAACUAAUUGCAAAGUCUGCAACACACCAUACACGGGCAUGAUGAAAUCAAAAUGGUUGAAAACUAGAGGAAAUUUCCUUAGUGUGGGCGCUGCUGUCAUGUCUUGUCGAAAUGAAAGAGCUCCAGAUGGUUUAGUGGCUGAUGCGCACCUUGCAGAUGGUCUCCUGCAUCUCAUCUUAGUGAAAAAUUGCUCGCAUGCACUAUAUCUGUGGCACCUAACCCAUCUAGCUAAAAAGGGUGGAUCUCCCCUUGAUUUCAAGUUUGUAGAACAUUACAAGACCCCUGCAUUUGCUUUUACAUCUUAUGGCAAAGAGGGUGUUUGGAAUUUGGAUGGCGAGAUCCUACGAGCUCAUAAAUUGUCAGCUCAGGUUUUCCGCGGUCUUAUCAGCUUAUUUGCGAAUGGCCCUGAAGUGUAACUGAAUACUCUACACUGUAAAAUUGUAACCAUAAUUCUGGUAUAUACCGAAAUUAAAACACUUUAGUUGAUAAAAGAUGCACAGGUACCAAUUUGUGCUGAAAUUUUGCCUGAAAAUAAAUCUCAUUUUUCACUUUGAGAUAAAUCUGUAAUUCCAAGUUUCUGAUUGGGCACAGUGCUUCAGGAUGCUCAUCAAUAAGCUCUUAAGUUAAUAAAAUUUAAUGUCAAUUGUCUUAUUGUCUGUUAUUGUAACUCAUACAGUCAUACUCUCUCUGUUGAACUUAUGACAUGUAUUUUUGUUUUUCGACACAGUG